GUCCCGCUGCUCUAUUUGGAGUGGGGGAAGCCAGGCCAGGGAUGCAGUCACUGUUAUUUUGCCCCAUGAGUAAUCCCGAGCCAUCAGCCUUGUAAAAAUAGGCAAUGGUGCCUGGCGGGGGCAGCAGGGCCAGAGGGUUCUGGAAGGGGUCCGGCCCCCACGGGAGGGGAUAAAAGCUGCCGGCCUCCAGCACCAAGCAGAUCAGCCCCCAGCCCCACCGGAGAGGACUCAGCCCGGAGCCAGCAGCAGCCCAAGAAGCAGCGAUGUUGUGCCGCCUGCACCUCCUGCCGCCCCCCCACGGCCCCCUGGCUGCCCGGCUGGGCCCCGUGCGCACUCUGUGGCCGGCCCCGGGUGCCCUCUGCGCUGAGCUGGAGCAGGAGCUGCUGCGGGAGCUGGAGUCUGCCAGGGAGUUUGCCAGCAGCAUGGGGCGGCUCCUGGCUGGCGGAGGGAGCGGCAGCCCCAGCGGGGAGCCAGGCCAGAGCUCCAGCGUGGCCCUGGCCCAGGGGACGGCCCAGACCUUCGCCGUGCGGCAGGACGUCCGGGGCUUUGCGCCCGAGCAGCUGGCGGUGAAGCUGGUGGGCAGGAAGGUGCUGCUGACAGGCAGGAAGGAGACGCAGAGUGAGGACGGCAAAGGCUCCUUCUCCUACAAGUACGAGGUGUUCAAGAGGGAGUGGGACGUGCCCGAGGCCGUGGACACCGACCGCCUGACCUGCUCCAUCUCCAGGGAGGGGCAGCUGUGCAUCGAAGCCCCGUGCCUGGCCCCCCCAGCCCUCCCCACGAGGAACGUGCCCAUCCAGCUCAGCCCUGCGGGCGGCUCGGUGGCUCCGGCUGAGCCGGGCUCAGAGGACGGGGCAGAUGGCAGAGCCCGGGGGUAACAGCCUGAGCUGCUGGCAGCAGCCCCGGCCGAGCUGGGCGGAGAAGGGGGAGCAGAGUCCAGAGGCUGGGGCGGAUACUUGACUUU